AUGUCAACAAAAGUGCAAAUUACCUCAGAUCAGCUCUCGGAAGCUAUCAAAUCAAGACUUAAGGCCUCAGAGGUUGAAGUUCAGGAUAUGUCAGGUGGCUGUGGACAGGCAUUUGCAGCCAUCAUAGUGAGUGAUGUAUUCAAGGGCAAGAACAAACUUGCAAGACACAGAUUGGUUAAUAAUGCCUUGGAUGAGGAGAUUUCCCACAUACAUGCUUUCACUCAGAAGGUUUUUACUACAGAUGAGUGGGAAGAGCAGAAAAGACUAUACAGAGCCAACAGUCAGUGA